AUGGAGCAGUACGGCCUGGGGGACGAGGGUGCCCUUCCGUCAGAAGUGCACCUCCCCUCAUUUUCUGAGGGCCAAGGGCUCAACUGCAGCGACACCCUCAACCGGGAUCUGGGUCCCGACACACGGGACCUGCUCUAUGCUGGCCUGAGUGGCCUGGAGCUGGAGCCCGGCCUGCCGACCCCCGACGUGCCCAGCGAGGCGCUGGAGGACAACCUGGAUGCUCUGUCCCUGUACUCGGGGAAGGACAGCGACUCCGUGAAGCUGCUAGACGAGUAUGUGGACCCCGAGUCGCAGACGGCCCUGCAAGACCUGGGGCUGGGCGUGCUCAAGGUGCCGAAGGAGCCCGAGGACGGAGGCAGGGCCGCCUCGGGGAGUGCCCGUAAAGGGAAGCGGCAGCACAGCUCGCCCCAGAACCCUCUGCUGGACUGCAGUCUGUGCGGGAAGCUGUUCAGCAGUGCCAGCUCGCUCAGCAAGCACUACCUGACGCACAGCCAGGAGCGGAAGCACGUCUGCAAGAUCUGCAGCAAGGCCUUCAAGCGGCAGGACCACCUGACCGGGCACAUGCUCACCCACCAGAAGACCAAGCCCUUCGUGUGCAUCGAGCAGGGCUGCAGCAAGAGCUACUGCGACUACCGCUCGCUGCGCCGGCACUACGAGGUCCAGCACGGCCUGUGCAUCCUGAAGGAAGCCCCCCCGGAAGAGGAGGCCUGCGGAGACGCCCCGCACCCCCAUGAGCUGGCCCCCGGUGGGCUGCGCUCCCUGGGGCCCCCAGAAGCCAGGUCCCCCAGCGCACUCUUGCCCAACCGAGACCUCCUGCGCUGUAUCGUGAGCAGCAUCGUCCACCAGAAGAUGCCUUCUCCUGGCCCGGCCCUCGCGGGGCCUGCGGACAGCGAAGGGAGGAACUCAGCCUGUCCCUGCCCCACCUCGUCGGCGUCCUCCUGCACCCCAGCCAGCACUCCUGCAGCCCUGGGAGCCCUGGGCACCGAGGAUCCUGAGGAGCCUCGCGCCUCCCAUAAGGAGGCAGCCACCCACUCCAGGGCAGCUGAGAAUGGUGCCCCUGACCCACUGGAGUCGGAGCCCCCAAUGCCUCAGCUCCCAUCCAGUCUGGAGGGCUGGCCUGAGGGUGGUGCCCUGCCUGCCUGCCUGCCUCUCUUCCGAAGCCAGACAGUCCCUGCCGGUUCCCAGCCCUCGGGCCACAACUUCCAGUGGCUCCGGAACCUGCCAGGCUGCCCCAAGAGCAAAGGCAGCAAUUUGUUUGUGGUCCACAAGCCCCCUGCAGUGCCGUCUCGUGAGGGCUGUGAGUCUGGCCCCGGGCCCAGCAGCGCCUCCCCCUCGGCUGAGCCCCUGUCCAGCGCAAGCACCGGCCCCGGCACCGAGGACAUGCCGGCCUUCCCUCCCACACUCCUGAAGGGGCCCGCUGAGGCCCCAGGCGACCCCCGGUAUACUGGAGGCGAAGACGAUGCCUGGGCCUCCAAGAAGAGCAAGUUCGACUGUGACUCCUUCUCGUGGCAGAGCCCCGGGGAGCCUGGUCCCCAGGACGUCCAGAAACCGGGUGGGCUUCCGUCCGACGCUACGCCGCUCUUCCGCCAGCUGUUCCUGAAGUCGCAGGAAUCCCUGGUGAGCCACGAGCAGAUGCAGGUGCUGCAGAUGAUCACCAAGUCCCAGAGGAUAUUCUCCCAUGCCCAGGUGGCCGCCGCCACCUCGCAGCUCCCGGGGCCCGAGGGCAAGCAGGCCACCCUGAAGCCGUGGCCCCAGCAGCCUCCGCCACCCGCACCGCCUGUGGACUCUCUCCAUGCUGGGCCCGGAAACCCAGAACCAGAGGGAUCCCCAGCCCGCAGGAGGAAGCCGGUGCCCGCAGGGCCCAGGGAGGCCUCCCCGGGGAGCUCCAGGCGAGACGCCAAGGGAGGGCUCAAAGUGGCUGCUGCACCGUCGGCCCUCACAGCACCUGCUCUGGACCCAUGCGGGAAGCCAGACAUCUCUUCCCUGGCCAAGCAGCUGCGGUCCUCAAAAGGCACCUUGGACCUGGGGGACAUCUUUCCUGCUGUAGGCCCACGGCAGACCCAGUUAGCAGCGGAUGAGCUGCCCGGGAAGCAGGCCGUGGCCGAGAACAGCACAGCUUCGGGGGCCGCGAAAGGCGAGAAGGGCCCAGGCUGCUCCCGGGGCGGAGGCUACCGGCUCUUCUCAGGUCACCCCAGGGCCCAGCGGUUCUCCGGCUUCCGCAAGGAGAAGGUGAAGAUGGAUAUGUGCUGCGCGGCGUCUCCCAGCCAGGUGGCCAUGGCUUCCUUCUCCUCAGCUGGGCCUCCGGCAGAUCCGCCCCGGGACGCCAAGACCAAGCUGACAGUCCUCAACAGAAUCCAGGGUGGAAACGUCUACAGGAUACCCCAUCCCUCGAGGGACGAGCACGCAGCAGGCGCAUGCAGCCACCAAAACGGGGGCCCUGGCGAGUGGCCAGAGCCAAGGAGCACGUACGUCUGCAAGACCUGCAGCCAGAUGUUCUACACGGAGAAGGGGCUCAACAGCCACAUGUGUUUCCACAGCGACCAGUGGCCGUCCCCACGGGGCAAGCAGGAGCAGCAGGGGUUUGGCACAGAGUUUUGCAAGCCGCCAAGACAGGCUCUGAGGCCAGAUGGGGACGGACAGACUCCCCCGCGAGCCAAGAAGCCCUUGGACAGCACGGCUGUAGCCUCUGUGGUGAUCCCCAUGCUGGUGUCUGUGGCUCCGGGGAGCCGAGCCCUGGGGAGCCUGGCCCAGGGACAAGAGAAAGACGAGGAAGAGAGGGACAGCAAGGAGGGCGGCCAGCACAGGAAGCGGAAGAAGCGCCCCCAGUCCAAGGCGCUGCUCAUCCCUCCCCCGCCCUCGGCCUUCAGGGCGCCGAGCCCCGGGGGCCACCAGAGCUGCCUGCGCUCCCCGGUGUUCCUGGUGGACCGCCUCCUGCAGGGCCUGUUCCAGUGCUCCCCCUACACGCCGCCUCCCAUGCUCAGCCCCAUCCGGGAGGGCUCCGGGCUCUACUUCAACACGCUCUGCUCCACGUGCUCCCAGGCUGGGCCCAGCCAGCUCAGCAGCUCCGUGCUGGAUCAAGGGGACGGCUCUUUUGGCAUCUGUGUGGUGAAGGACGACUCCAAGAUCAGUAUUGAACCACACAUCAACAUAGGAAGCCGGUUUCAGGCUGAUAUCCCGGAGCUGCAGGACAGGUCGCUGGCUGGAAUUGAUGAGCACGUGGCAUCUCUGGUCUGGAAGCCGUGGGGCGACGUGAUGACCAACCCAGAGACACAGGACAGAGUGACAGAACUCUGCAAUGUGGCCUGCUCCAGCGUGAUGCCAGGAGGCGGCACCAACCUGGAGCUGGCGCUGCACUGCCUGCACGAGGCUCAGGGCAGCGUCCAGGUUGCCCUGGAAACCCUCUUACUCAGAGGACCCCAGAAGCCGCGGACUCACCCGCUUGCUGACUACCGCUACACAGGUUCAGACAUCUGGACCCCCAUAGAGAAGAGGCUCUUCAAGAAGGCGUUCUGUGCCCACAAGAAGGACUUCUACUUGAUCCACAAGACGAUCCAAACCAAGACGGUGGCACAGUGUGUGGAGUAUUACUAUAUCUGGAAAAAGAUGCUCAAGUUUGACUGCGGCCGGGUCCCGGGGCUGGAAAAGAGGGCCAAGCGAGAGCCUGAGGAGGCGGAGAGGCCGGAGGAGAAGGCCACUGGCAGCCCUCGGGAGACGCCCAGCCACCGCCCGACGCCCGACUUCAAGAUGAAGACCAAGAGCUUCCGGAGGGAGUCCAUCCUCAACUCCAGCCCAAACGCCGGCCCCCGGCGGACCCCCGAGGCGCCAGGGAGCGUGGAGAGUCAGGGCGUGUUCCCGUGCCGCGAGUGCGAGAGGGUGUUUGACAAGAUCAAGAGUAGAAACGCCCACAUGAAGCGGCACCGCCUCCAGGACCACGUGGAGCCGGUGGUCAGGGUGAAGUGGCCGGUGAAGCCCUUCCAGCUGAAGGAGGAGGAGGAGGAGGAGGAGGAGCUGGGGGCCGCCAUCGGCCCCCUGCAGUGGUGA